UUGUCACAGGGCCAUAUAUUCGCUUUUUGCAACAACAAUAAUUAAUUAAUAAUUUAAUUUAGUCUAGUCACUAAUCCACUCUAUUAUUAUAUCUAGAUUUAGACUUAUAAUAUAAAACUCUAAAAGAUUACUUGAUCUAGAAUCUAGAUUAAUUCUAGAUCUAGAUCUAGAUCUGCUGCUUUUAAUUUAACAUGUCAUGUUUAUUAAUGCUAGAUCUAGAGACAGAGUCUUCUGAGCUCUAUUUUUUUUCUGCCUUUGAGCCCUUUGGAAGUCUGAACUGAAGAAGGUUUGGGCAAAUUCUUGAAGUUGGGGAGAUAAAGCUGCCAACUCAUGCAGAUACAAACAGUUUAAUACCACAUACCGGUAUACUUUGACCUGGCAAUGGAGCAGACAAUAACUAUGAUGACUGAAGAAGAAAUACCAGAAGUUGGUCCCAAUGACAUUGUUAUACAUUUGGUCAACCCAUACAAAUGUGGUUUGUGUGAACUGGAGUUUUUAGAAAAGUCUGUCUUUAAGGAGCACAUGUUUUCUCAUUUGGAGCAAAUCAAACAAGAACAUCCGAGCUCACAAAUAGUUAUGACAGUAACUCUUCCUCCAGAAACACCUGGAGGUGUCACCGUCACCAGAGAUAUUUUACAGCUUGGCGAGGAUGGUUCUAUCAAACAAGUUUUGCAGCCUACUCUGAAUAUGACGCUAAAUCAAGUGUCCCCAUUAAGAGAGCUUGAAGAAGCAGGGGUCCUCAAAUUAAACCUACCGAAACCAGAAGAGAUGGUUCCUAUGGUUCCUAAAGCUCCACUGCCCAUCAUCAGACCAUCAAAUAAUGUUAGCGCAAUGAGCCUAGUUGAACCCCAUGUUCAAACUGUUGAGGUUAUUCAAGAAGGUUACCCUGCAAUUGUUAGUACAUCUAUAAAAGAGGAGGCCCAAAUAGUUUCUACUAUGUCAGAGAUAACUGAAAACAAUGACAAUUAUCUCACCUUUGCUUUUAAAGGACCCAAUGAUGAGAUGCAACAUAUUCAGAUUAUCAAACCUGAGGGUACCAAAGCUGGGGACCUAAUGCUAGAACUUAGUAAUAAUUCUAAUGUUGUAAAACGAAACAAUCGAAAUGGCAAUAGCAAACAUAGCAGUUGUGAUAUUUGUGGUAAAGUAUUGUCCACAUCUACCAAUUUACUUAGACACAAGAUGUAUCACAGUGCAGAACGGCCAUUUGUCUGUGAUGUUUGCAAUAAAGGCUUCAAGGAUGCUUGCAACUUGAAAAAACACACUAUCAUUCAUAAAAGAAUUUUUCCUUGCUACUUGUGCAAAAAAUCCUUCCUGCGAAAAUCUCUCUUGGCCCUUCAUUUGCGCCGCCACGAGACCAGAACUGCUAUGGUAAAAACUGGCAACAGCACAAAAGAAGUCACAAUCAGAACGUUUGUUGAUGAUGAUGGUACCAGAGUAGAGGAGAUGAGCAUGUCUGCAUUAGGAGGUCAGACUUUUGAAUACAAGCCACGAAUAGUUAAAGCAGAUCCAAGUGAAAUUGACCAGCAAGUUAAGAAAGAAAUUAAUGAUCAAACCAAUGGACAGGCUAAUGGUGUGAGUUUGUCUGCGGGAUCAGAGGCUCAGCAUUCAGAGAUAAUUGAAAAUAAAGAGAAAAAGCCAGCUGGUCAGAAAACUAUUUUUAUGGUGACUUCUAAUGGCCUCCAGGAAACCAUUAUUGAAAAGCAGACAGUGCAGGAAGAGGGUCAAGGUAGCUCAAAUACAAAUGCGGUCGAUGCAAUCGAUGUUGAUGAUAUGCCUGACUUGAAGAUUCCUGAAGUUCCAGAGGAGUUUGUCAAAAUGUAUCAAUGUGGCCAUUGUGCGAAAAGGACGGUACAGCGUGGAAAUAUGAUGAGGCACUUAAUCCACCACUUAAAAGAAAAACCUUUUGUCUGUGACCAGUGCCCUAAGCAGUUUGUGGACAAAGGUGAAUUGGUGAAACAUAAGAAAACACACACAAAGCCCUACAGGUGUCCUCAGUGUAAUGGAGCCUUUGCCCACAAUGCUCAGUUACUAAGACAUUUGGAGAGUACCUGCCUUGGAAAUACUGAAGAACUCAAUUAUACUGUACUGGAAGAUGGUAAGACUUACAGAUGUGAUAUCUGCCGUAUUGAAAUGAAAAGAUUGGGUAACAUGAUCAAGCAUGUUGGAACACACAGUAUGACCAGUGGUAGAGCAAACUGGCACCACCGCCAGUCAAAUUUCAAACCCAAAAAGUUCACUCCCAAUAAGUCUUUUGAAAGUGCUUCUAACAAAAAGAUGGAAAUAUCUCCUUAUUAUUAUUUUGACUUGAAUCAUAAAACGUAUAUUUGUUGCUUCUGUUCCCGAUCAUUUACUAUGAAGUCCAACAUCUUGCAGCAUGUCAAGAUUCAUACCAAAGAAAAGCCUUAUCCUUGCAUGGAAUGUGAACAAUGGUUUGAAAGUACGGCUACUUUGAAGAGGCAUUUAGAUAUCCACACAAAGCCAUUUAAGUGUGACAUUUGUCCCCUGGCAUUUUCUCGUAAAAUCUUCCUGGACAUACACAAAAGAAAACACAAUGAAAAGGAGAAAGAUGAAGAAACUUCAGAUUUUGGUCUCCUUGAGGACAAGAAAGGAUAUUACUGCAAACAUUGUAACAAGAAGCUUAACAAUAAAUACAGAAUGCUAAAUCACAUCAAGCUUCACCUCUCUGAUCGCACGCAUGAAUGCCCCACAUGCAACAAGUGUUUCAGCUGCCAGUACUUGCUACUUAAACACAAGAAAGUUCACGCCAAACCAUUUGCAUGUAAAGUUUGUGGCGCAACCUUCACCCGCAAAUUUUUUCUCAUUUUGCACAGGAAGAGAGCUCACCCUAAAAAAGUAUUACCAGUGGUGAAAACACCAGACUUACAAUCUCUUGAUGACAGCAAUGCCAGCGGAGAAGACAAGCAAAUUUUCCCUUGUGCUAUUUGUGGUGCCCCAUUCUCCAGGCUUGUCAUCAAGAUGAAUCAUGAGAAGAAAUGCUAUGAGGAGAGCAAGGUGAUGGUCAGACUAUCUGAGGGCAAAGGUUACAAGUGUAAGAUCUGUGGUAAGGUUGCCAGUCUGAAACAUAACUUGAUGGUCCACAUUCGUAAGCACACAGAUGUUCUCAAAGUGGAAAACACCGGGAAAAUUAUUGUGGGAGAAGCAUAUUCUGACAAAUUUGAGCCUGCAAAGUCCACCUCUCUUCUUGCUGACAAAGUCAAUGCUAAAGUUAACAAGCCAUCUGUAUCUAAAUUCAAACCUUUCUCUAAAGUUAUUAAAAGAGCGAGGGAAGAAUCAGACAGUUCAGACAUUCUUGAAGUUGAAGAUAUUCAAGAUGCUGCUUUCGAAAUGGACAAAGAAGGUAGAUUUCAAAGAAUACCAGGUGGAUACACAUGCUUGGAUUGCAGGAGAAAAUUUAAUGACUACGACGCUUUGAUUGUGCAUUUAGAAUCUCAUGGUGACAGCUCUGAAAAGCAAGAAAAUGACAAAGAGGAAAAACAGGCGUCAAUAAAUAAGGCUGAAAAAUCAGAAGCAUUAGAGAAAAAGCCAGUGUUGAAAAUAAUCAAGUGUGAAACCCCAUCUUCACCAGCAGAGAAUAAGGAAACAGAAAACUCUACCCCAAAAAUAAAAAAAGAAGUGUCUAAAAAGAAAGCAGCUACUCCGACAAGUCCUGCACUAGCUUCUAAAACUAAACAAUCCGAAGAGAAAGUUGAGACACCAACGCCACCUAGAAGUACAAAUCGACCAGCUAGAAUUCAGAAAAUGCCUUCUCGGUUUUUAGAGUAGGUCCAAAUCAUUUAUUCCAAGUAUGAACUAAUAAAAUUUAUUCAUUUUAAUUGUGACAUUGAAUACAAAAGAUCUACAGAUGGCUGUUUUGAACAAGUAUUUUUUGAAUAACUUGAAAUAAUUUUUUUAGUUAAUCCCAUUGAUCAUAUUUUUGUAUUUUAUGUUUUAUUCUUGUUGAACUUAAUAUUUACUCCUUAUUCAGUCUUUACAAAUGCAUGAAAUUCUUAUUCAAAUAUGUUGCAUCAUUGAAAUAUUUCUUAUGGUUGUAUACAGUCUAUCCUGAUACUCCUGACAAGCUCUUCACAUUAGUUAGACCAUGUACAUUAUUUAUGUUGAGACCAACACAUUGACUUGCAUAGUGUACAGAUUGUAUGUACUUCCACACUACCUGUUGCUUCAUUAUUGUAUUCAUAAUUCUGCUUUGACAUUUGUAGACUUGUAAUUCAUCCAUGGUUCUGAUGGUGAAGUCAACAUGUAUCUGUCCUAGUUAUAGCAGUGACAAGCCAUUGCAACUUGAUGGCCUAGUUAUAGCAGUGACAAGCUAUUGCAACUCGAUGGCCUAGUUAUAGCAGUGACAAGCCAUUGCAACUUGAUGGCCUAGAUAUAGCAGCAACAAGCCAUUGCAACUUGAUGGCCUAGUUAUAGCAGUGACAAGCCAUUGCAACUUGAUGGCCUAGUUAUAGCAGUGACAAGCUAUUGCAACUUGAUGGCCUAGUUAUAGCAGUGACAAGCCAUUGCAACUUGAUGGCCUAGUUAUAGCAGUGACAAGCUAUUGCAACUUGAUGGCCUAGUUAUAGCAGUGACAAGCCAUUGCAACUCGAUGGCCUAGUUAUAGCAGUGACAAGCUAUUGCAACUUGAUGGCCUAGUUAUAGCAGUGACAAGCCAUUGCAACUCGAUGGCCUAGUUAUAGCAGUGACAAGCCAUUGCAACUUGAUGGCCUAGUUAUAGCAGUGACAAGCCAUUGCAACUCGAUGGCCUAGUUAUAGCAGUGACAAGCCAUUGCAACUCGAUGGCCUAGUUAUAGCAGUGACAAGCCAUUGCAACUUGAUGGCCUAGAUAUAGCAGCAACAAGCCAUUGCAACUUGAUGGCCUAGUUAUAGCAGUGACAAGCCAUUGCAACUUUAUGGCCUAGUUAUAGCAGUGACAAGUCAUUGCAACUCGAUGGCCUAGUUAUAGCAGUGACAAGUCAUUGCAACUUGAUGGCCUACAAGAAAUUGAAGAUUGUUGUUGGGCAGCUACUGAUUCUCUUUGUUGUAAUUUUUAUUCAUGAAGUUGUACUAGAAAUCUCUUGUAGAAAAUUGAACUAGGAAGUUGUUUUUUUUUUUUUUGGCUUCAAAUAUAUCAUGUUGUUAACAGUA